AUGGCAAACGAGGAGGUGUUGGGUCCGCGGAAGACGAUGGUCGUUCUUGUGAUAGUUGUUGGGUGUUUUGCUGUGUUGUGGCCUAGGAUCUUGUCACCGCUGAUAGUGGGCCCCAGUCGUGAGCAGCUCAAGCCGAACCAGUUCGACCGGGACGCAGGAUGCUGCGAGGUAAUAUUCGAGAAAGACAUGGCGGUCCUACAGUUAAUCAACGAAAUCUGCAGCUCAGCCACUCAUACGGAUAAGAUCUCACCGUAUUCAGCCUCAGAAUGUAGAAAAGCUGUUAACGAAACCUGUGGAUUGGACAUAGUAGCAUUCCUGAAACACAAUGAAAAUGUUGGGAAAUCCACGAAAAUCCUCGUCGAGACUAUGAAGAACAGCAACAGUUCCUGUCUGCGGGAGCACUUCGGUGUGCCUGUCUGGAGUCUCGGCCCCCACCUUAUACAGAAUUCGUGGACCAUACCAGACACAUUAAAGCAAGAACGUCCAGCUGUCCGCGGUGUCGGUCCUCAUCCUGCCCUCCGUGAAAGAGGUCGUGCGAUCCCCGCUGGAACACCCCCUCCGCCACCGACCAGAGGGCCCGUGACGAUGCCACCUCAUGCUAGGGUACGAUCCUCCCCCCUAUCGGUCUACUUUGAACUGGAUAUCAAGCCACCACCGAUCCCAGGUAUGCGGCCACCCUUGGGCAACCCCGGCGGUCCUGUGCCUGCCCCUAAGUCAUCCAUGGGCUUCGUGAUGCCCAUCUACACCAUCUGCAUCAUUGUGUUCUUCGUGUACACUCUAAGCAAGAUUCUAUUCAAACGCACGGGGACAUCGUCGUACGAGCCCAUCUCUCCAGACCCACAGUUCAGGCGGCGAGUCUUCCGCGACGACUCCAGAACGUCACCUGACAAGCUGGUUGUUACCGCCAUAUCAGGGCUGGUAGCUGAGGUGCAGCAGCAGAUGGAGGCGAGCUACGCGCAGAAUCAGCAACGACAGGAUGUGCAGCAGGAUAAUCAAACUCGCCCGUACACAAACGGUACAAUCUUACACAACAGCGGUCCGGUACACAUAGUUGCUAGCGAAUUUCAAGAGCAGACUAAAGAAAAGACCCCUGAUCCUCAAGAAGAGAAAGAAGUAUCAACUGCUCCAGAAAUCGAAAAGAAUGUAACGGAAGAAGAUACGUUAAUAAAAGAGAAGGACGCUACCCCAGAAUUAGAAGCUAUUGAUAGUGAAGAUGACGAAUCAAAUGAACCCAUUAAAGAAGCUUUAACGGAAUCUGUAGUAGAGAAGGAACCGAUUUCUGAACAAGAAACACAUGUCAAAGAAACCAGUCCUGAAUUAGAUGAAGAUAAUAAAAAGUCCACUCCAGAACUAGAUAAAGAUGUUAAAGUUGGAACACCGGAACUUAAAGAAAAUACGCCAGAAACAAAAGCCGAUAUAGAAGAAGAGGAGGCGGAGGAAGAAAUAGAAGAAGAAGAAGAAGAAAUUGAAGAUGAAGACCUAGAAGAGAUAGAACCCGCAAAAUUAAAAGCAUCAAGGGAAAAACCCGAAUCAACUGAAUCUAUCCAAGCAAAUGAAUUCGCGAAAUCCGAAGAAGCUGUGAAAGUUGAAAAAAAUGGAGAUAUACAUAGAACAAGCGAUUUCUUAAAAGAAGAAACAAAGGCACUUAUUGAAGAGAAGAAAGAGAAGCAGUCGACACCCGAACUUCUGGAAGAAGCCAUCAAAGAUGAUGAAGAAGAAGAUGACAAUGAGAAAUCCAGUGUGAAAGUGGUAGGCAUGGAGGUCACAGCGCACCUGGCCGACGGAGGCACGUGUCGGGCCACACCUCCAGCGGCACCGGCUCCGCGUCCGCUAGCCGCUGCGACAACGCUACCGCGUGCGCACGAGGCUGAGAGCGUCCAGUCCAUAUACCUGGACACGGACAUCCCGCAGCAGUCGCGUGUUCUCGUGACGGAGUUCGCGGAAGACCGCGCCGAUAAGCCACAGCCCACCAAGCACUCACCGAUGGUGGUGAGCGGGAAAAUGACGCUCUCCUUGAUUCAGGACUCGCCGCGGGAGACACCUGAACGGGACCAAGAGUCGACGGUUGAUGACUUUACCACGGCGAGCGCUGUGACACAGAAUGCACCAGAGAAACAAGGCGAAGAGUCUGAUGAAGAAAUCGAGGAGGAGAUAGAAAUAGAGGAAAUCGAGGAGGAAGUUGAAGAGAUAGAGGAAGAAGAGGAGGAGGAAGAGCCGCAGAAGAAACAAAAGGAACCAAUCAAGAAGACAGAGUGA